UCGUUCGUUCAUCAUUCAUUACUUAAAUUUUCAUGAAUUACGGAUUACAUUUUAUGUCCGUCAAGAAAAUCACGUUAAUAUCGAUGAUUGAUUAAUGUAAUUGUAAAUUGCUUUAAUUUUAUUAUUAAUUUAAUUGAUUAAAACAUGGCUACAAACGCUGAAGUAACCGGGCCAGUAUCCCAAGAGGAUAUAGAGGCAGCAGAAAAAUUGAAAAAUGAAGCUAAUGAAUUCUUUAAAAAACAGAAUUACGAUGCUGCUAUCGAAUUGUAUACAAAAGCAAUAGAGAAGAACCCGAAUAAUGCGGUGUUCUUCGCAAAUAGGAGCAUAGCUAAUUUAAGGUUGGAAAACUUUGGAUAUGCACUCGUCGAUGCAUCUAGGGCAAUAGAUUUGGAUAAAAACUAUACCAAGGCCUAUUAUAGGCGAGCGGCUGCUCACAUGUCUUUAGGAAAGUACAAAUUAGCCCUUAAGGAUUUUGAAUUUGUAACCAAAGUAAGGCCAAAUGACCAGGAUGCUAAGAUGAAAUAUACUGAAUGUAAUAAGAUUGUUAAAAAAAUUGCAUUUGAAAAAGCAAUAGCCGUUGACAAGAAAGAAGUGAACAUAGCCGACUCUAUCAACCUUGAUGCUAUGACAAUUGAGGAUGAAUAUGAAGGUCCAAUGUUGGAAGAUGGCAAAGUAACAGUUAAAUUUGUUAAUGAUUUAAUUGAACAUUACAAACAAGAAAAGCAUCUACACAAGAAAUAUGCCUAUAAGAUCCUCAUUGAUGUCAAAGCAUAUUUAAGUAAUCAGCCAACUCUUGUUGAUAUCAAAGUACCGGAUGACAAAAAAUUCACAGUAUGUGGUGAUAUACACGGACAGUUCUAUGAUCUUAUGAAUAUAUUCAAGCUAAAUGGAUUACCGUCUGAAGAGAACCCUUACUUGUUCAAUGGAGAUUUUGUUGAUCGAGGAUCGUUCAGUGUUGAAUGUAUAUUCACAUUGUUUAGUUUUAAACUUUUAUAUCCCGACCACUUUUUCAUGUCUCGAGGUAAUCACGAAUCCCUGGACAUGAACCGUAUGUAUGGGUUCCGUGGUGAAGUAACAUUUAAGUACACAGCUCAGAUGGCGGACUUGUUCACCGAGGUGUACAAUUGGCUACCACUGGCACAUUGUAUUAAUAACCGAGUGCUGGUGAUGCAUGGUGGACUGUUCUCCAGUGAUGAUGUCACACUUGAUGAUAUAAGGAACGUGGAUAGAAAUAAACAGCCUCCGGAAGAUGGUAUAAUGUGUGAGCUGUUGUGGUCAGACCCUCAGCCUAUGGUGGGAAGGUCUCCGUCAAAGCGCGGUGUGGGAUGUCAGUUUGGACCUGACGUCACCCACAGCUUCCUCGAGAGGAACCACCUCGACUACAUCAUCAGGAGUCAUGAGGUGAAGAGUGAUGGAUACGAAGUCGCUCAUGAUGGUAAAUGUAUUACCGUCUUCUCCGCACCCAAUUACUGUGACACAAUGGCGAAUUUGGGAGCCUUUAUAACAAUGAAUGGUAAAGAUUUGAAGCCUAACUUUACAACUUACGAGGCUGUGCCUCAUCCAAAUGUCAGACCAAUGACAUAUGCCCAUCCAUUCUUUAGUACACUUGUCCAGUGAAUGAUAUAUAAAGGGAUAUUUCUCAGCAUUAAACCAACAAAAACAGACAUCACAAAUACAAUGGAACUGUCCAUACAAUUUUGUAUGGACUUAUGAAUUGUAUGGUCGAUACGUCGUCAAAUGUUUUUUUUUAUUCAAGGUAUGUUAAUUUUUGUAUGAUUCCAAAUGGAU